AUGAACUCAUCUGCCGAGGCCCUUCUCAACCGAAAUGGCAGCUGGGUUUUGGCCGUCGUAGCAGGAGGUGUGGUGAUAUUGCUCGCCGUGGGUUUGUACUCGCAAGGUUCAAGGUCGAAGUAUCCGGUCCCACCAGGACCUAAAGGAUCUCCCAUCAUUGGCAAUCUUCGACAGGUGCCAGCGGAGAGAUCGGAUUUACAGUUCGCAAAAUGGUCCAAAGAAUUCAGUGAGUUCGUUCAAGUCUUAGAUUUGGCCUUGGCAGCGAAGCACGUUAUUUCUAAUGCAUAUCCAGAGUCCGACAUCAUCUAUGUCAAUCUCCUCGGACAACCAGUCAUCGUCCUAAACAGCGUGAAAUCGGCUGUUGAUCUCCUUGACAAAAAAGGGGCAAUUUACAGUGAUAGACCGCGUUUUGUCCUGCUGGAAGCGUAUUGCAAUACCUGCCCCUCUUUCAAAAAUCAAAAAAGCCUGCUAAUUAGUAUUUCUAGCCUCGGUUUUAAGAAUAACGUGGCCCUUAUUCGUGAUGGUGCCCAAUUCCGCAAGCUCCGGAAACCAUACGGUAGUUUUCUCUCCGCACGUAGCAGCUUGGGGUAUCGAGAUGCCCAACUGAAGCAUGCUCGCGAGAUGGCAGACGAAAUUGAGAAAUGCCCAGAGAAGUGGCAAAGUUACCUCUCAAGAUUCGCGACUCGAGUAAUCUUCAGUGUAGCUUUUGCCAUUGACGUUGUAGAUGAGGAUGAUCCUUAUUUCAAAUUAGCGGAUAAGAUGGGGUGGAUUGUCGGCAAUAUGGGAAAUAAUGGGAUCACUAUUUUGGAUAUCGCGCCCUGGGUCGAGCAUAUCCCACGCUGGGUGGGGAAGUUCAUUCCUUCCGUUAAGUACGUCCACGAUCAUACCCCUGCCAUUGAGGAACUCCACCAGCGACCGUUCGACGCAGUGAUGAGAAGUUUCAAAGCUGGAACAAUGGAGCCGUCAUUCUUGGGACGCUUGAUCGAGGCAAGAGAAACGCACGACGCGGGCGAGGAGGAGGAGGAGGAGGAGGAAGAAGAUGAUAUUAAGAGCUUCACAGAUGGCGAACUCAGGGGGACUGGUGGAUCGUUGUACUCAGCCGGACAGGAAACAACUUACUCGGCUGAGACGAUAUUUGUUAUGGCAAUGGUACUAACCCCCGACGUGCAGAUUCGGGCGCAGAAAGAGAUCGAUGCUGCGACUAGAGGGAUACGACUGCCUACUUUUAGCGACUGGAAAACGUUACCGAUUGUGGAGAGGAUAGUCUACGAGACUUUGAGAUUACACCCCCCUCUUCCAAAUGGGGUUCCGCACAAAACUUUGAAAGAAGAUGUAUAUCGUGACAUGUACAUUCCAAAGGGUUCGAUGGUGAUAGCUAAUGCCUGGGCAAUGCUCCACGAUCCAGAUAUUUACAAAGAUCCUUUCAAAUUCAACCCAGAUCGUUUCCUACCAGUUUCAGAAAGUGGUGGUGGUGAGCCAAUCCCCGUGGGUCAUUUUGGGUUUGGUCGAAGAGUCUGCCCAGGCCAAUAUCUCGCAUUCGCCAGUGUCUGGAUAGUCGUUGCAACGAUACUUGCAAAAUUCAAUAUCACGCCGGCGAAGGAUAAGGAUGGGGAAGAUAUCAUGCCCAAAAUGGAGUUCUCGACCGGCAUUACUAGUCAUCCAGUACCGUUCCCUUGCAACUUCACACCCAGAAACUGCUUGUAA